CUCUCCUCAAACAAGAUAUAAGAAGCCAGUGCAUCCAUUCGUUUCAUUUUUCUUAAACCCAUAAUUAAAAUCCCAACCCAAAAUAUUACGAAAAAUUCAAAAUGCCUUCAUUUAUCACCUCCAUCACCGCCGCUCAGCGUCUCGACUCUCGGGGUAACCCAACCGUACAAGUGCGCCUUACGACGGAUAAAGGUACGUUCACAGGUCUCGUCCCCUCGGGUGCCUCAACCGGAAUCCACGAAGCUCUUGAGCUGCGCGAUACUUCCUCCACCGCAUACGGGGGGAAAGGAGUCAACCAGGCAGUUCUCAACGUCACGUCGACCAUCGCUCCAGCUCUACUUGCAAGGAAAUUCGAUGUCGAAACUCAACUGAAGGAGAUCGAUGCGUUUAUGUGUCAGCUAGAUGGCACGAAGGGGAAGAAGAAGCUGGGCGCCAACGCGAUCUUGGGCGUCAGUAUGGCGUGUGCUAGAGCUGGUGCUGCGAGUCUUAAAAUCCCCCUUUACGAGCAUCUCCGCCUCGAAGCCGGGACGCUCAAAACCCCCUACAUAAUGCCCGUCCCCUUCUUCAACGUGCUAAACGGCGGCGUGCACUCGGGCAACACGAUGGCCUUCCAGGAAAUCAUGCUCGCGCCCACGGGCGCCAAAUCCAUCACUGAGGCCGUGCAGAUGGGUGCUGAGACGUAUCAUGCUCUCAAAGCGGUGAUUACGAAGAAGUUCGGACCAGCUGCUACUGGCAUUGGCGAUGAGGGCGGCUUUGCGCCGCCGAUUUCAAAGCCGAGUGAAGCUCUUGAUCUCUUAGUCGAGGCGGUUGAGAAGGCGGGGCACACGGGGAAGAUUCACUUUGCUAUGGAUCCUGCUUCCUCGGAAUUCUUCCGUGAAGGGAACUACGAUCUUGGCAUCAAAGACGGAUCCUCUCCAAAACUGACCCCUGACGGACUUGCGGACUUGUACAGAGAGUUGUUUGUCCAAUAUCCGAUUGUUCUGCUGGAAGAUCCAUUUGCGGAAGAUGAUUGGGAGACGUGGAGCAAGUUCAUGGAGAAGGGGAAGGAGAUGAAGGGCAUGCCAGAGAUUGUGGGUGAUGAUUUGACGGUUACGAAUGUGGAGCGGGUGAGGGAGGCGCAAGAGAAGGAGGCGUGUAACGGUUUACUUUUGAAGAUUAAUCAGAUUGGAACUGUGAGUGAGGCUAUCGCUGCGGCAAACUUAGCAUUCAGCUAUGGCUGGGGCAUCUUCGUUUCUCACCGCUCUGGAGAGACGACGGAUGACUUCAUUGCGGAUUUGACUGUUGGUCUGAGGACGGGACACUUGAAGACUGGUGCGCCGGCUAGAGGGGAGAGAGUGGUGAAGUACAACCGCUUGAUGGAUAUCGAAGAUGAGCUUAAUGCGAUCGGGGAGGAAGUCGAGUAUGCUGGUGUAAAUUUCAGAACCGCACAUGGGAAGUUGCAGGACCCGAAGAUUCCGUUCAACGUGUACGGUUAUUGAGAAACUUGGUCUAGAGAGUCAGAGACGGAAUUGAAUUUCACAUAUUUUUUGUACGUUGGUUUAUUCCAAAUAUCUCUGUUUAGACUCAAAGAGCCUUAGUAGAAGUUCGAAUGUAACUAGGAUAAGAAAUAAAUAAAAUAGAAUAAAACUGGCUCGGGGGC